GUCAUGGGCCAUGCAUGCCCAUGCCUGACCGGCAUGGUAAUCCGCCGCGAUGCACAUCCAUGACCAAUGGGCUACAUCCAUGGCAAGAGCCCUAAUUCUCUUGCCAGCGCCGCGAUGCCGCCUCCUCUCGCGAGCGUCGCUGAGGAAGGGGGGCAAAUUCAUCGUCACGACGGACAAGCGAGUGAUCAAUGUAAGCGAGCUCGGCGCUCUUCUAGCUGCGACAGGUAGAGAUUCCUCUCUUUCUCCAGGAUUUCGACGCGAUCGUCGAAAUGUAGGUCAGAAUUGCCACCAGUUUCCACAGAUUGCCGGCGAUGGACGCGUCUCCAGGGUUGACGAUGCGAAGCUCCAGAGGGCUCUGGAUUUCAGCGACAUCGCGGUGGCGAUCUACGUCAAGGGCCGAUCAAUCCCUGGCGGUGAUUAUAUGGAAAGGACGUGGAGCGAAGCUAGGGAAGGAGUUUGGGACCGUCUAAACUCCGACAAAGCUCCCAAGUGCUUGGUAGCGUUUGGUCGUGCGGUGUCUGAUAAAACACUGGCUGGAUCCAUCCACGACUUGGCGGUUGCUCCUUCGAUGCAAAGGCAAGGGCUUGGGCGUCAUGUUUUGCAGCGGCUAGCACGUUAUAUGUACUACACACUGGACAUUGCAGACAUCUCAGUGCUCACUCGACCUGAAAACAUGCCUUUCUUCGCAAGUUGUGGCUUCAAGCCAGACGCGCUGUGCUCCACCUCUAUGCUGUACACAAAGACGCCACCCGUGAACUCCAAAACUUACCAUGAAGCUACCCGUGCGGGGAAAAUGACCCUGCUCGUUCCAGCUCCUUCUGUCAAGGCAAGCUUUACCGCGUUCUAAAUCAUUCUCUCGAGCUAAAGUUCGAUCGGCCGAUGCUCUCUCGCCGAGAUUGUUGAUACUCUUUCAAGUUUUUCCAGGACUCGCAGACACUUCGAAGUUUUACUGCCAGCCUGAAGAGAUGAGAUGGAAAAAAAUAAAGUGUAAUACAAGGACCGAUUAAAGGUAUAUAUGGAAUCUC